AUGACGUGGAAUGCAAAACUAAAAUUUGAAGCAAAGGAACUCGUUUCUGACAAUAAGGCUCAGAAAGCUCCUCGUGUAUUAAUUAUUGGAGGUGGAGUUGUUGGGAUGACCAGUGCGUUACAGUUGUUGAAUAAAGGGUACAAAGUGACAGUUUUAGCCAAGGAGUACGCCUCCCCAGUCUCCUCCGGUAAACGCAUCACUUCUGAGAUCGCUGGUGCUCUAUGGGAAUGGCCUCCAGCGCUCUGUGGGCGACACACCAACGAAAAGUCGCUGGAGAGAGCCAAGGUUUGGGGCAUGGAUGGCUAUGCCAAGUUCAUGGAGCUGGCCAUGAAUUCAAAGGAAACUGGAGCUUUCCUCAGACGAUCUAUCUUUUACUUUAAGGACAAGGUAAAUAAUCUUCCUCAACAGUUGGAAAAGAUGAAUGAACUGAAUCAUUUGCCAGGGUUCCGCCAUGAUGCCAAACUCAUUGAAGAAACUGGGAAGUUAGAUCACAGCUUGAACACAGACACGGGUGUUGUGGACGCAUAUCAACACAUGGCUCCCAUGGUUGACACAGUCACCUACAUGCAGUGGCUUUACAAACAGUGUCGUGAAAAGGGCUGUCACUUUGUACACGAUGAGAUUCACGGAUUGUUGAGGGAUCAAGCAGAAGACUUGAAAAAGAAAUACAAAGCUCAGUUAAUCUUUAACUGCUCUGGACUCAACGCCAAAGAAUUGGCAGGAGAUGAAGAUGUUUACCCUCUGAGAGGCGUGAUUUUAAAAGUGAGAAAUGACGGAAGUUUGAUGCCCAAACUCAAUCACUCCAUGUGCAUCUCUAUAAUCAAGGAGUUUGAUGAGUCAGAUAAGGAAGGACAAAGCUUCGUGUUCAUUUUACCAAGAGGUGACGACAAACUGUGGUUGGGUGGAAUGGUGCAACCUCAUCAGUGGGACAGAGAUCUGACGCUCGACUAUCCACCAAUCAGAAGAAUGUUUGAGAAGGUAAAGGAGUUCUACCCACCCCUCCGUAACUAUGGAGACGAUGAUGUAGAGGAAGUGUUGGUUGGCUUGCGUCCUGCUCGCCAUGGUAACGUUCGUCUUGAGUGGGACCAUGUGUGUCCUUCUCUUCUGCACAACUAUGGACAUGGGGGCUUGGGUGUGACUUUCUCGUGGGGCUGUGCUAUUGAAGCGAGUGCUAUGGUGGAUCGUGUUUUUAAAAGACCACAGAUUUAUCUCUCAAAGCUUUGA